GAUCGUGAGCCGCUCGUGAGCCACCAGAGGUUGACGAUGUUCAGCCUUGUAGGCCCCUAAUCAUACCCUGCACACUCCUUCGAAUGGCAAUUCUUUGGCAAACCAACUAUGAAGGGCUGGUUGUUACUAAUGUUCUUGUGUAUGAGUAUGGUAUUGGUAUUUGCGGCACCGUUAUUGCUGUUUUCCUUUGAGGCAAGAAAAUGUAAUAGUCCACACAUGGUUGAAGGUGAGCAGAAACGCUUGCGAGAGCUCAAAUGCUCACAUUUCACUGUAGACUCUUCUUACUUAGUCAGACACCUCCUCUCUCGCCAAAGAGAAGCUGGAACAACAUACUAUUCUCCACCAACUUCCCCACCUCCACUGGCAGUUAAUCCUAGCAUCCCAGGAUUCCCCGCUAAUUUUAGCGUUCCCGGUUCGUCCGGAGGGAGCGUCAUUACUAGCACUAGCAAGUUGGGAACGAAGACUGGUGUGAUAGUUGGACCGGCGUGUUGUUUGUGAUCCUGAAAUCUUGCUUGCGUGUUUUGGAACAUGUGCUUGUAAGAGGUGCAGGAAAGU